AUGGAGCAACUGUCGUCGUCGUUGCUUGUACAACACACUCCCGGAAGUAAAGAUUUGUGCUCAAAGACCAUCGAAUCUGAGCAACCAGCACCUGAGCCCUUGAAACUGGAUGAGGGCGAAGGUUUCAUGCCAUCCGCGGCAAACGACUUCAAGUUUAAGUACGACAGCCCUUCCGGACUUCAAGCUAAAGAACUUGACGCACUUCUGAAGCCUCCGAGUCGUCCUAAGGCCUUUCCGGCUGAUCUUGCUGGUGAGAAGACUUUCGGCCAUAAGAGCUACAAAGGUUUUGGUAGUAGGCCGAAGGAGAAUGCUGCAAACGAUAGGGUCAGAGAAAUGGAACUCGAACAUGCGCGAACACAGCAAGACGUAGAGAUGGCUAUGGAGCAAGAGGAUAUGUGGAGCGAGCUCUGGGGUAUUGAAGAAUGGGAGUAG